UCCAAGGGUGGAGAAUGCUGCGUCAUGUUGACGCUGGAAGAGAAGCUCUUACAUCUACCUAUAAAUAAGCUUGAAAACCCUUGCCCUUAUAAAAACCCUUGCUCCGUCUCUCUUCUCGAACUCCUUCUCCUCACUGCUUCAAAACGACGCAGUUCUACUGUCCACACCAACAAACCCUCUCUCCGUUAUGGCUUUGCCCAAUCAGCAAACUGUGGAUUACCCAAGUUUCAAACUCGUAAUCGUUGGUGACGGUGGCACAGGAAAGACAACGUUCGUGAAAAGGCAUCUCACCGGUGAAUUUGAAAAGAAAUACGAACCGACUAUUGGAGUGGAGGUUCACCCGUUGGAUUUUUUCACUAACUGUGGAAAGAUUCGCUUCUACUGUUGGGAUACUGCAGGGCAAGAGAAGUUUGGUGGUCUCAGGGAUGGAUAUUACAUUCAUGGGCAAUGUGCGAUUAUCAUGUUUGAUGUUACUGCCCGAUUAACAUACAAAAAUGUGCCUACUUGGCAUCGUGAUCUUUGCAGGGUAUGUGAAAACAUCCCAAUUGUUCUUUGCGGUAACAAGGUUGAUGUCAAGAACAGGCAAGUGAAGGCAAAACAGGUUACUUUCCACAGGAAGAAGAACUUACAGUACUAUGAGAUCUCAGCAAAGAGUAACUACAACUUUGAGAAGCCAUUUUUGUAUCUUGCUCGUAAACUUGCAGGUGAUCCUAACUUGCACUUCGUAGAAUCUCCUGCACUUGCUCCACCAGAAGUUCAAAUUGAUUUAGCUGCACAGCAACAGCAUGAAGCUGAGCUUGCUGCAGCUGCCAGUCAGCCCCUUCCUGAUGAUGACGAUGACGCUUUUGAGUAGAGAACAAACUAGUGUAGUGUGUUCAUGGAAUGUCAUCCUUAUUGUCGGUUUUCUAUGCUACUGAAGUGAUUUGGGGUUGUAUUACAUUUUUGGAUUUGAAUUCGAUAUCUGAAUUCAGUUAUUAUCCGAGAUCGGUUGCUUAAAUUUAAUGUCUUUUACUAUAUUGUGGGUGUUAGAAAGAUGUGGAUUGAUUGUUUCAGACAAUUUUGUCUUUUUAAUUAAUAUACGAGGCUGUAUGCGAUCCCAUUUGUUGUCA